AUGGCCAUGGAAAAACGACUGGGCGGAGGGGUGGAUUUAAAAAAGGGCAGACUGACGCCCGGCCAGCGCGUCAAGUUGGUCGCGGCUGUCUCGCUUACUGCCCCUGGCGUCUCUCUCGCGAUAAACCCGCUUGAGUCCAGCCAAUAA